AUUGUAUAUUGGACAAUAGGGCCAUUUAGCGUUUGUUUGAACAGACCUUUUUAAAUCGUGAAGAGAAGCUUGUCGGGAUGGCCGAUUCCGCCAAUAAGGACACUCAGUCAGAACACAUAAAUAUCAAAGUGCAAGGACAAGAAGGGGCAGUCAUCCAUUUCAAAAUACGGAAAAAUACGCCUUUAAGGAAACUAAUGCUUGCAUACUGUGAACGAUUGGGCCUUCAACAACCCUCAGUACGAUUCAUUUUCGAUGGAAAUAGUGUUCAUGAGGCUGAUACUCCUGCUAAGUUGGAUAUGGAAGAAAACGAUACGAUAGAAGUUUUCCAAACGCAAACCGGUGGAUUUUAACUAAAGAUUGCCCCCCAGAACUAUGUAUACAUUCUCCCUAUUGUUUAUGAGACAUCCACAAAUGUUGGAUAGUCAAAUUUUCUACCAAGCAUUUUCUUCAAUAUUAUAACUCUUAAAGAUAUUUCAUUUCGCACUUCUAAUGUAAGUUCCAGGCUCUAGUCUGUAUGGGUGGUUUCUUUUCACCUCAAGAUAUAAUUCAACUUGUGCAUUAACCCUAAAUUCACUUGUGUUACAGCUUAUUUUCAGCAUGUUUGAUAUGUUGCUGAAAUAAUCAGACAGUACAUGGUGACUUAGGAAUUAAGGAUUCAACGGGCGGAAUAUCACGAGGAGCGUUGAUGCUUGUUGCAGGUUUACUAGCG